GUCAAUGGGGGGGCAGGCCUUGUAUUAUAAACGGUGAAGAGCCGCGUCUUAACAGCAUAAAAGAAGAAAGAGAGUGUCCUGCAGAGUUGAAGCAGACACAACUUAUUACAGAGACAGAAGAGGCUCAGCAGCAGCAGCAGGAGGAGCAGGAAGUGCUGCAGCAAGGAAGACGUGAGCUGCAGCAAGAUAUUCAGGAGAAGCAACAACAGCAACAGCAGCAGCAGCAGCAGCAAGAAGAGCAGCAGCAAACAACAUAA